CGCCAAUUUCGAGACUCUGAACUUUAACCACUGGGCCACCCUGCUUUAAAAAACAUUGGAAGAACGGUUUAUUCAUUGUAGGUUUAUUCAUUGUAAAUAUGAAAUGCAACUAUAUGUGUGCUACUCAACUUCUCAUUGAUGAGAUAGAUACGUUCAUUUACAUUCUAGUUGAUUAAUAAUUACGGCAAAGCGGAUAAAAAUUGCUCUAAUUAAUGGGCACCUUUUCUUAAAAAUUAAACACAAAAUUUCAAUAGGCACUACUCAUCCAAUAAAAUCAUAUCAAUGCGAUUUAUAUCUUUAUUUUUUACUGCGCUUGAAAACCAGAUUAUUUCGUAUUCCGGGCGUUCAGAAUAUCGUUUUCUAUGAACUUGAAUUAUUAGUCUGAGAAAUGCCGGACUGCGGACGACAAUCGCGACAUGAACAAGGCGCAAUCGCGCAGAGUCGCAGACUCGCAGACCGCGCAGUCACUGUGCCGGUGCACGUCGUAGGGGAAGGUUAUGUUAAAAGAUCUGUGCAGCUGUUAAGCAUCCUUGUUCAUAGCCUGUCUGUUUAGUUGACAUUACAAAUUCAAUUAUAAUGGAUCCCGCAUUUGAGUCUGCUGGUCGUAGUGCUGGCUUAGAAAUCUGGAGAAUUGAGAACUUCGUUGUGGUGCCUUAUCCCCGCGAGAAGUACGGCCAGUUCUACGAAGGAGAUUCCUACAUCGUCCUCUACACGGAGAAGGAGGAAGGUACGGGACGGACGCACUGGGACGUACACUUCUGGCUCGGGUCCGAGACCUCACAGGAUGAGGCUGGAGCGUGCGCCAUCAAAGCGGUCGAGCUGGACGACUCCCUGGGAGGCGUGCCGGUCCAGCACAGGGAGGUCCAGGGGCACGAGUCUUCGUGUCUAUCGUCCAUGUUCAAGGGGGGCGUGCGGUACCUGAAGGGGGGUGUUGCGUCAGGCUUCACCCACGUGGACCCCGACGCGCCGUACCCCGCACGUCUCUUCCACGUCAAGGGAAGGAGGAACGUCAGAGUCAGUCAGGUUGAGCUUUCGGUGUCGUCCAUGAACCAGUCUGACUGCUUCAUCCUGGACUCCGGUAAGGCGGUGUACGUGUACAUGGGACCGACCUGCCGCCGCAUCGAGCGCCUUAAGGCCAUCCAGGCCGGUAACGGCAUCAGGGACGAGGACCACGCCGGCAAGGCCAAAGUCAUCAUCAUCGACGAGACAGCGAGUGGCGGGGAGGUCGCUGGUUUCUUCGACGCGCUGGGCGGCGGGUCGCUGGACGACGUUGCCCCCGACAGCUCUGAGGACGACAGCGCCUACGAGCAAUCCCAGGAGAAGGUGGUGUCCCUGCACCGCGUCUGGGAGGAAGGCGGCUCAGUGCAGUCGGAGCAGGUUGCUCAGAAGCCCUUGUCCCAGAGCCACCUCAACUCAGGGGACUGCUUCUUGCUUGACACGGGCGGCUCUGGACUGUUCGUGUGGAUCGGCCGCGAGUCUAGUCGUGCUGAGAAAGUUCGCUCCAUGGAGCUUGCUACGAAGUACUUGGAACGCCAGGGAUACCCCAAGUGGACCAAAGUGGAGCGCAUCUGUGAGGGUACCGAACCUACGGUCUUCAAGCAAUACUUCAAGUCAUGGAAGGAGCCGGAGUCCACUAUUGGCUUCGGCAGAGUCUACACUCAGUCUCAGAUUGCCGCGUCAGGACCUGAGGCGCCGUUCAACGUCGCCAGCCUGCACGCCGGCAAACGACGUCUGCUCGCCAAGAACGCCGGCCCUGCGUUCGGCUUCAUGCCUGACGAUGGCUCCGGCACAAUCGAGAAGUUCCGCGUGGAAGACUUCGAGCUGCAGCCCGUCGACGAGUCCACUCUUGGCUUCUUCUUCGGUGGCGACUCGUACGUCCUCAAGUACACCUACCAGGUGGAGGGGCGCGAGAAGUACAUCGUCUACUUCUGGCAGGUACGUUGAUGUAGUACAUCUACCAGGUGGAGGGACGCGAGAAGUACAUCGUCUACUUCUGGCAGGUAUGCUGGCUUAAUAACGGAGCUCAACGAUAUUAUGAUAGCACUCAAUCAACUCGUUAUAAAAACACGUUAUGAUGUUUGCAAAUUUUUGCAGUUAUUUUCAGGUCGCAUGGUGAUCUUCAUGGGGGGCAAAGCCUCGGGCUUCAAGAACGUCCACGACCACGACACCUACGACGUCGACGGCACGCGUUUGUUCCAGGUGCGAGGAACAUGCGAUUACGACGUACGGGCGGAACAGCGCCCUGAGGUCACCGCCUCCCUCAACUCCGACGAUGUCUUCGUCCUCGAGACUCCUGCCAAAACUUACGUCUGGAUCGGCAAAGGAGCAAGUGACGAUGAAAAGGCCAUGGCGGAGAAUGUUUGCGAGCUCGUAUCCCCCGGGCGACCGAAAGUCACGAUCGCGGAGGGUGAAGAGGAUGAAGGAUUUUGGUCGGCGUUGGGCGGCCCUGGCGACUACCAGACCAACCGCGACCUGGACACGCCUUUGCUGUCGCCUCGCCUCUUCCACUGCAGCGUGUCGCCAGCUGGCGUCCUCCGCGUCAACGAAGUCUCGCUCUUCAACCAGGAGGAUCUGAACGAAGAUGACGUCAUGGUGCUCGAUUCGGGAGAUGAAAUCUACGUUUGGAUCGGCAAGGGAUCCAGCGAUGAGGAAAAACAAAAGUCCUGGCAGAUGGCCCAGGACUACGUUAAAACGGACCCCACGGACAGGUCCCUUGAGAAGACCGUGAUCCUGAGGGUGAACCAGGGCGAGGAACCCGUUGCCUUCACCAGCAUCUUCCCCUCCUGGAACCCCAACAUGUGGGAGGAGUUGCCUACCUACGAAGACGUCAAAGCCAGUAUCGCCGCCCGCAACGCUGAGUUGGAUGACGAAUGAUGGCCGGCGCUGCAUGCGACGGAGCAAUACAGGGAAAAUGAUUGUGUGCGCUUAUAGUGUUUUGUACUGCAGUGUUUUGUACCGCUACAUUCUACUCAUCUAUAAAUCUACACGACAGUCUACCACACCCCGAGUUAUCAAUCUAAUCUACAGAUCUAUUUCACUGCCGAUGUUUUUCCUACAAAAGAAGUGUAAACCUGGGAAAUAUUUCUGACGAAUGCUUUUUUCUCAAAACGAGUGCCUUGAAUUUUAUGAAUGAAAUUGUGCAAGCUGAUUUCUCUAUAGAAUAAAACUCUGAAUGUUUUCUGUAGUAUUACGCAAGGAUUACUGAGCCCGUCCUCAAUGUAGCUUAUGAUAGUCUCUGCCUCAUUCGUAUAUGUUGUUUGAUCAUCUAUUUCGCUAGAUAAUAUUAUAGAAAAAGCUUCAUAUUCAUUGCUUAUCUUAUAUAUAUACUCGUCCGUCGCUAUUCCUUAGUCUCGACUUUCUUUAGUGAAACGUGAAUCAUUUUCCAAAUACCUAUUAAUCACACAAAUUCUUAUCACGGCAAUUCUUAGAAGUUCAGUUUUUUUUUUGAGGCUGUGAGGAUGCCAAGUGAAGUUUUUAUUCUCCCCCUUCUUCGUUGCAUUAUGCCUUCUAUUAUUAUUAGUUAAUUGUUAAGUUAAACUAGUUUCAGUUCUUGAGGGCGCCCUCAAUUUCGAUUGUUCCAAAUUCUUCAGUGCUUCAUGCUGGGUCCGAAUUCUACGCUUCGGCUUCUAAAUUCGUGAAAGUCGGUGAAUUUGUUUAGUAAGCAUUAUGUGGUCAUGUCUUUAUAGGCUUCUUGUCACCUGCGCCGCCUCUAUAGCAUCCAACGCCAGUAGAUGAAUCGUCGACAGUUGAAAUUAUAUAUAUAUUUUUUUUUUGUUACUCUCUUAAUUACUUAUUAUGCUCUAAGUAAACUUGGAAUUGUGUUAUUUUAUCGAUCAAAUCAAAAUUAGUAUUACGAUUGGUUUAGGAAAUAAUAGUGGCUUUUUCGCCUGGGUUUUGUAUUCACGAACAUUUUAUAACUUUACGAUUAAGUAUCAUCGCAUAAUUUCAUCGAAUUUUAAAAAGCUUAUAUGCAAAAUAUUAGGCGCUCAUUUAGGGACUCAUUUGUUUUGUAACUUUCCUUAUCUUUAAUUACACACGCUUCGACUGCACUCGCAACUUAACGGGAACUCCUAAAUGCACAUAAAUAAUGAAGUUCAUUCAUCUUUACUAGGCACAGGGUUGAACGUAGUUGGCGGUGUUAGCUGCUUUUUUUUGCUUAACUGCAUCACUUCACUAUAGUUACUGCAGUGUCUAUUUGGUUAUAUUUUCGCUCGCAAUUUUCUUUUUGUGUCAAAGAUGUAGUUAAUCAUGGGACGCUGUGGGCUUAUCCGGACAUUUAGUAGACUAUAGUUACCGCAUGCUUCACCAUCUCAAUAUUAUAGACUAUUAUUUAAUAAGUCGGUGAUAAUCAAGACAACUUUGAAGAGGCUGAAGUCAGUUCGCCUGUGCUAUUUAAGUCGUGCAAUUCAGUUAUUUCUCGUGCUGUUCAAAGCAGUAGAAUGUGUGAUACCGUCCUGCGCAAUAUGAUGUUAUAUUACGUGCACAAACCCAUUAAACUCAACGAGCACAAUAUAUUGUUCCUAAGUUGUUUACUAUUUGAGCUUCCUUUCGUUUAUGUAUUUUAAAUUAUCUUUUCAAUUAUGACUUAAGGUAAUGCCGAGUACAGUCAUGCGAAUGUAAGUGAGAGGCAAGAAGAGGUUUCGUCCCGAAUUGUUUUCUUGAGCAUUUGGCUUAUAUUGGUAUAAAUGAAACCUUCCGCCGUUG